UCGUAGAGUCUCGCGGUUAAUGCGUAGCCUAACAAAGCACUAGACUGGAACUAAGACAUUCACUAAAUCACUUGCUCAGUUUGUUUUCUUACUACGACUCAAUUCAUUCAAUCGAUUUGAAACUGAUUCAUUGCAUUGGUGGUAUUGUGAAGAAACCGACAAUUUGAACACGUUUAGUGGCGCCGAAAAUUAGGAUCUUAAUCGUGCUCUGAUCGGAGGACGACGAGCGAUUGCGAUUCUAAGAAAAUGUCAAGCGUUGGCUCCAGAGCUGAAUUUCCUAACAGAGUGUACAGCCCUACCCCUGAAGACGACUUUGAUAAUCAAGAACUGCGUCCUUUGAAUCCGCAUCUGCCUUUAUCUUACGAAGAAAUGAAUGGGGCAGACGAUAGUUAUACAAGAGAGGGGCAGCUUCACCAGUAUGAAGACCCUCGGCUUCUUGCUGAACAGAUGAGGAGAAUGAAUAAUUCGAAGAUCCCACCCCCUUGCGACCAUGAAAUCAGACCAAGGAAGAAAGCAAACGACCUCUACGAGAGAUACCGAACUGAUAGCGAUGGUUCUGAUAGUUCUAAAAAGUCGUCGCGUUGUAGAGGAGCGAUGUGUUUUUUGGUUACUCUCAGCCUUAUGCUCGCUCUUGCGGCCGUGCUGAUGGCCGUGUUGUUAGUGCUUGGGCUUCUUGUGCCGAAGUCUUGCGAGAACUGUUUGAAGAAUGUACAACACAGUGAAGGUGUUCCACGAACCGGCACUUCAGCAUCUACGCCCAGCACGAAGCACCUAGAACAAAUGAUCAAAAUACUACAAGCAAACCUAACCCAACUGCAUCAGAUUGUCAGACACAGAGAUGAUGUGAUCAAGAAACUAAUGGAAACAGAUAAGUCUCAUACCGAACAGCUCAACAUACUUUUCCGAAAUCAACUCAGCGACAUACUCAAAAAUGCUAGAUACAACGUCACAGCUCAAUUAAAGAAAGAAUUAAGGGGAGAAAGAGGACCGCGUGGACUUCAAGGCGAACGAGGGCCGCCAGGAGAACCCGGAAAGCCGGGUAGUGGAAACAUUUCUACUUGUGUUUACAAAGUUGCUCAGGUCAUUUUUUCUCCGUCGCGUUCUUCUUCUCAAGAUGUCUUUGCUUAUCAGACCAGUGGGUGGCUUAUUAUAAGUGCUACAUGCUCAACUGAUGGUGCUGCUCAGAGCAAUCUUAGGCGCGUGGAAGGACCAAACGGAAUACAAAAAUACAGCUGCCAGUGCAAGGGUAUUGCUGUGGCUCAUCAAGGCCCCGCGACAUGUUUCAUCCAUUACUGGCAAUGCCCUAAAAUUUAAGAGCAUUAGGGACUAAUUUGACAAUAUAAAUAAUAGGAAUAAUUAAUUAAUAAGUGAUAUAAAUUCAUGUGCAUAAAUCCGAAUUAUGAAUAUUAAUAUCGAGAAAGAAGGUAUUAAGGAAUCGUAGAACGUUGAAAGAGUGCCAAGGUUUGUCAGAAAGUUUAGUAAUGUGUAAAUAUGAGUAGGGAAAUUUCAUUGUCAUAGAAAAUUUUUUUACAAAUGAUUGUUAACUUUGUUUGUUCUUCCGUAUUCCAUUCAUUCCUUUCAAGAAUUGAACUGAAGAAAGUUUUUUAAUACAGAAAUGAUUUUCAUAAAUUUUAAAAGGUUUUGGCAACUCAUCUUAGCGAACUGUUAUCGGAUGUCAUAUCUUCACUUUGUACUUCAGACUGAUCGACAUCAAAUUCCGAUAAGAUUUUAUUUUAAAAACAAAAUGUAUAAACUGCGUUUAUUAAAUAAACUGUUUUUAUGGGUUUUAAAUGUA